UCCAAUCAAGUUGUUUUCAAAAGUUGCAGAUUAAGCAGACAAUUAUGGUGCCCGCUACUGACGACUUGAAACAAGCCGAAGAAGAGAAAGUGCCAACAGAAACUCCAUCAAAAGCUAUAUUUGUCUUGCAAUGUGCUCAUUGUAAAACUUUAUUGGGAGAUACCUGCUCACUUAUUUCUGCUCAAGUUGAACUCAGUGCAAUUGUCCUUACUAAAGCAGUAAAUAUUGAAGUAGAAGACUCCAAUUUUGAAAUCUCGAACACAGGUGUCGACAGUGGUAGUGCGUUUCAUCUUAUCAAGUGUUCAGGAUGUCAAAGCGUGGUUGGCCGUUGUUACAAGGCUACUCCUCGAUCCUUGGAUCACAUAAGAGAUAUGUUCACAUUGUUCGAGAAUAAUUUACUGAGCUAUCCCUUAUCUUGUUCUAUGGACAAUUCUAGAACUGAACCGUCAAGAAAAGAAGAUAAUCAAAGCGAAAAUCUGUAUCAAGUUGAAAGUGACAUAAGGACCGUAUGUUCAGUCAUUUGUAAACCUGUAAAUACAACUUAAUUGACUGGUCUUUAGAUACAACAAAUGCUGGUGAUUCUCGGAGAUCGUAUCCUGCGACUGGAAUCCAAGUUUUCUAAAAUGUAUAAUUGUUAGUGUUGUUAAAUGAAAGUGCAGACGCAAGAAUGUUUCUAGUAUUAUAUCCAUCUCAAUAUUUCUUGUUUGGAAGGUCUAAGCACCUUCUGAAC